AUGUCCUAUUCCCGUCUCUACCAUCUCUCACCCUUCUUCCAGGGCCCGGACGGACUGGCCGUCAGCAACCUGCCCGAUGUACAACCUGCACCAGACCAAUAUCUCAUCGCCGUCCACGCCGCAGCGGCCAAUUUCUUUGACAUCUUGCAAAUACAGGGAAAGUACCAGAACCAACCACCCUUCCCCUGGGUCGCCGGUGCCGAGUUUGCUGGCGUCGUGCUUGCGACACCGACUGGCAGUCAGCUGGUAAAGCCUCGCUUCGCCGUAGGCGACCGCGUCUUUGGAGCCAGCCAGGGCGCCUACGCCACCAAGGUGUGUGCCACCGAGAGUCAGCUGUGCCCCGUGCCGACCGGCUGGUCGUUCAGCGAGGCGGCCGGCCUGUUCGUCACGGCACCGACGAGCUAUGCCGCGCUCGUGAUCCGGGCCAACAUCCGUGCUGGCGACUACGUGCUGGUGCAUGCGGCUGCUGGCGGCGUCGGCCUCGCGGCCGUGCAGGUCGCCAAGGCGUUUGGGGCCACCGUCAUCGCCACGGCCGGCACCGCACGCAAGCUGGCCGUGGCGCAGGCGUUUGGAGCCGACCACGUGAUCGACUACAAGGCGGAGGCCAACUGGCCCGACGCCGUGCGCAAGCUGACGCCCAAUGGCCGCGGCGUCGACAUCGUGUUUGACCCCGUCGGGCUGGUCGACCGCAGCACCAAGUGCACGGCCUGGAACGGGCGCAUCCUCAUCGUCGGCUUUGCGGCCGGCAAGAUCGAAGCCGUCGCCAUGAACAAGGUGCUGCUCAAGAACAUCAGCCUCGUCGGCAUCCACUGGGGCGCCUACACGCGCAACGAGCCCGACCAGAUCCCCGCCGUCUGGGAAGGCCUGCGCUGGCUGAUCGACCGCGGCGCCUUCCGGCCGACCGUUUUCACCGACGGCGAGCCGUUUGUCGGCCUUGAUCACGUUCCCGCCACGCUCAAGGCGCUCGGCGGUCGCGAGACCUGGGGUAAGGUCGUCGUGGAGAUCCCACAGGAGGCAGAGAGCAAGCUGUGA